AUGUGGUGGGAUGAUUACCUGCUGAUCACUGGAUGGGUCUUCAUCUUGAUCUCGAGCGCACUAAUCACGGAGCUCAUGAGAAUUGGCUUCGGUCUGUCCUUGGCAUUCUCUCCGCAUGGGCAUUUGAUAAGCACCACUAGCGAUGACCUUAACAAGAUCGCUCUGGGCUUGACCAAGACAUCCUUCGCAUUGACCUUGCUUCGGGUUGCCACCGGCUGGCAGAAAUAUCUCAUCUGGUUCCUCAUCGCUACCAUGAACAUCAUCCUUGCGGUAAACGCCGUCACGACCUGGAUGGCUGCUUGUGAUCGUGUCGGCAUUGACGCAUACGAAGCUGUGCUUCCCAACGUGUGCUGGAGAGUCGAGGACUCUGUCAUUGUUGCUAUGGUAGCAAAUACGUAUUCAGCUUUGGUGGAUUUCAUCCUCGCUUUGUUACCCUGGAAGAUCAUUCUGAGUUUGCAGAUGAAGAAGCAUGAGAAGAUCGGUGUCGCGGUUGCGAUGAGCCUUGGUCUCCUUGCUGGUAUAGUUGGUAUCAUGAAGAUUGUCCAGAUCACGACAAUUACGGGAGGAGAAGACAUUCCUUACCGUCUCUCUCUCCUGUUUAUUUGGGGUCAAGCCGAACCCAACGCCACCGUCAUCGCCGCUUCGAUCCCGGUUCUGCGAGUACUGUUCCGAGAUCUUCACCGCACAAGAUAUGGCGGCUCUAGCUCGCGGGGAGCCGGAACAUAUCUCAAGUCAGACAAUCACAGCAAAUUUCCUCGCUCGUUGAAUACGAUGGAGGAAGGCAAGACGGACGAUGGUAGUGACAAGAGCAUCUUGUCACCAAACGCCAAGAGUGGCAUUGUGCGAACUAGGGAAAUCGCCAUCAAAUAUGAUUCUCGGAGUGUUCACGGCGAUGAGCCUGGGGUAUUUGAGAUGACGGACCAGAUGCCAAUUCAACGGCAUGAUAGAGUUGGACCUAGGGAUGUUUGA